AUGAUGAGAAACCAUAAGCAGCCGAUCUCGGAGGUAAACCUAACCGCACCAGAUCAAAUAAACAAUGUUCGAGCUCUGGAGGACAAAAGAGAGUACUUUGAUGAGCUCCCUAUUGAUCUUGUCGAAGAUGUCGAUCAAGUCUAUGGCAAAGUGUCGCUGCGUGUCCAAGCCCUGGUGUUCGAUAAUUCGCAGACCAUAUUACAAGGUGUUGUUCCCGACCACCAAACCUCCAGAUCCACCGAGGUUCCUUUUCACCUUGGUCGAACAAGGAAAGUUGUUCUUCUACACCUCAAAAUCCAAAUCCAAAUCCAGACGAGCUACUUAGGGUAUGAUCCAAUCGAGAAGCAGUUCAAGGUCUUGUCUAUAACAUGGGUGUGUGGUGGAAAAGACAUGAAGAAGGAGGAGGACUUGUCUCCUCAGCAUCAAGUUCUCACGUUAGAGAAUGGAGGUAAAGAUCUCUUAUGGAGAAACAUAGACUGUUGCAAUAAAGGUCAGACUGAAAUUGGUCGUAAAGGGCAGUGCAUCAUCAAUGGUGUUUUGUAUUAUCCAACAAGUGUGGACAACAAAAAAAUGAUCGUUUGCUUUGAUGUUAGGUCUGAGAGAUUUGAGUUGAUCUCAUGGAGAUCAUCUAAUCUGAUAAACUACAAGGGUAAACUAGGUGCGGUUGAUGAUAAUGAUGUUGACCACUUUGCGCUGUGGGUUUUAGUGGAACGCGAAUGGUCAAAGCAUGUCUAUGAAAAGUCUCUUCCGUGGAGGACAUUACGUACGGCUUAUGGACAUAUUGUUGGAGUGACUGAUAGAGGUGAAGUUGUGUUCUCCCCAAAGUAUGGAGUAAAAUCUCCUUUCUACAUCUUUUAUACUACAAUCUGGAGAGCAACAGUGCCGUAA